AUGUCGGCAUACAAAGACUGGACGCGCGAGACUCAGAUCGCGGUACUCGAUGAAGUAGCCGCUGCUCAAAACGACAGCCCUGAACGCGUUGAUCCGCACCAGUCACUGCCUGGCCAGCCCUCAGAAGAGACGCAGGUGGACAGUCCUGAGUCUCCUCCCCGACCAAGCUCCUCAUCGCAACCGGAUUCCCUUCCCGGUUUUGCACAUAUUGACGGCGAUGUUAACGGACGCGGGUACAACGAGACCUUGGUUGACAUUGUUUGCGUGUCGUGUCCGGGCGCCGAUCCCGUCGAGACUUGGGCCCGCGAUCCGCUACCGGAGGGUUACUUCGGACGGCUCGGAGAUGUGUCGACAUCUACGGUCAAGGAGCUUGCUGGCGCGAGCAUCUUGUCGCCAACGAUAAACCGGCACCUCCCGAUGGCAACUCAUCUUUGGGUAAGGCAAGGGAUUCGAAAGGAAGUCAGUGAGGCUCGCGUGCUGCUGUAUCGCCACCGAGAGUUGGUUGAAGGAGUCACCUUGGACGACCUCGCGGAGGACCUUAUUGAGCAGGUCUGGAACAUGCGAUAUGGCAACCGUUGGUGGUCUCGUCGUCAAGAUGGCGCUCUUGAAUGCUUCUAG